AUGGCCAUCCAGACUGCUGCCGGAGUGCCCAUCCUCGACAUCCGGAGUGACAAGUCGGACCAGUCCCUGGUCAACACACUUCAUCGGUCUCUCCAUCCUCCCCAGGGACAGUCACGCACGUUCCCGACUUUGUUGCUCUAUGACGAAAAGGGCCUGAAGCUGUUUGAGGAGAUAACCUACCUUGAGGAAUACUACCUCACCAAUGCUGAAAUAGAGACUCUCGAGGCGCACGCCCGCGAGAUUGUUGCACGAGUUCCAGCAGGAGCACGCCUUGUGGAACUUGGAAGCGGGAAUCUUCGCAAGGUCGAUGUUCUUCUGAGAACCUUCGAAGCCGUCCACAAAGAAAUUGAAUACUGUGCCUUGGACGUAUCUCUCUCCGAAUUGAAACGCACAUUCUCCCUGUUGGACAUCAAAGCCUACCAAUACGUCACCUUCCGAGCAUUGCACGGCACCUAUGACGAUGCCCUAUCCUGGCUGGCGAAUUCGAGGAGGGAUGAUAAGACUGUUUGUGUCAUGACCAUGGGCUCUUCGAUGGGGAAUCUUACCCCAGAAGGUGCUGCCAAAUUCCUCGCUGAUUUCGAAAAGGUGUUGGCACCAUCCGAUUUGGUGCUCGUGGGCCUUGAUUCUUGCCAGCAGCCUGACCGCAUCUAUCGUGCCUACAAUGACCCGCAGAGAGUUACCGAAAGGUUUUACCGAAAUGGACUGGCACAUGCGAACAACAUUCUUGGCUAUGAGGCAUUCAAACAAGAUGAGUGGGAGGUCGAAGGCUUGUAUGACGAGAAGUCGAACAAGCAUCAAGCGUCGUAUGUUGCUUUGAAGGCCGUUCAUACUAAAGACUUUUCUUUUGAGAAAGGUGAAAAGAUUCCCUUGGAAGAUGCCUUCAAGUACUCCGACGCGCAAAGUGACCAACUCUGGCAUUCUGCUGGUUUGGUUCCUCAAAUGUCUUACGGAAACAAGACGAACGACUAUUUCAUUCAUCUUCUUUCCCCAGCACGCAUCAAUUUCCCCAGCAAGCCAUCAGAGUAUGCCGCAAGUCCGCUUCCUUCUCUCGAUGAUUGGCGACAGCUUUGGGCGGCUUGGGAUGUUGUGACGAAGUCGAUGGUCCCGAGGGACGAGUUGUUGAACAAGCCAAUCAAACUGCGCAAUGACCUCAUUUUCUACUUAGGUCAUAUUCCUACAUUUGCGGACAUCCAUUUCACCAAAGCAACGUCAGGAAACCCCACAGAUCCAGCUUUCUACGUGUCCAUCUUCGAACGAGGCAUUGAUCCUGACGUGGACAAUCCCGAGGUGUGCCAUGAUCACAGCGAGAUUCCGGACACAUGGCCUCCUCUGAAGGAUAUCUUGAACUAUCAACAACGCGUUCGAGCACGAAUUCUUGAGAGCCUCAACUCUGGUCAAGCACAGACUGAUCGAAAGCUGAGCCGUGCACUCUGGCUCGGUUAUGAGCACGAAGCCAUGCACUUGGAAACCUUCUUGUAUAUGCUUCUUCAAAGCGAGCGAGUCCUUCCACCACCGGGACAGGAUGUGCCAAACUUCAAGGCUCUAGCCAUGCAGGCCCGUUCCAAUCGUGUGCAGAAUAAAUGGCAUCGCAUCCCGGCCGCUACGGUUAAGAUAGGCUUGGAUGAUCCGGAGAACCACCUUGGGCCGGACCGAUAUUUUGGUUGGGACAAUGAAAAACCGUCACGCAAUGUGGCCGUCCAGGAGUUCGAGGCUCAAAGCCGACCGAUCAGCAACGGUGAAUAUGCGCGUUUCUUGGAAGUCACCCACAACAGUUCUCUGCCAGCCUCGUGGACAGCUUCUGAGAGGUUUCGAGAUGUGAAUGGUGCCAAUGGCACCAAUGGGGUCAAUGGACAUGCUGAAGACGUGCUCGACAUGGCCAGCCCAUCUUUUGUCGAGGGCAAGGCCGUUCGAACAGUUUAUGGACUUGUUCCUCUCAAACAUGCCCUCGACUGGCCCGUCAUGGCCUCAUACGAUGAAUUGGCAGCUUAUGCCCAAUGGUCCAACGGACGUAUUCCCACUUUGGAAGAGGCUAGAAGCCUGUAUAAGUUCGUCGAAGACCAGAGUGGUGCCGUGGAAAAGGUUCCCAGCAAGCUGAUUUCGGCGGUUAACGGACACCUCUCCAACGAUGGUGUCGAAGAGACACCCCCAUCCCACCCUUCGUCGAACGGUGUCGUCAACGGUGCUGCAAAGAUUCUCGAUCCCAAUCCCGCCGAUCUUUUCGUUGAGCUCAAAAACCACAAUGUCGCCUUCCGUCACUGGCACCCGAUGCCUGUGACGGGUAAUGGCGAGAGACUUUGCGGUCAGAGUGAUCUCGGCGGUUUGUGGGAAUGGACCAGCACACCGUUGGCGCCACAUGAAGGUUUCAAGGCCAUGGAUCUCUACCCGGGCUACACAGCAGACUUUUUUGACAACAAGCACAAUGUCUGCCUUGGCGGUAGUUGGGCCACUGUGCCCCGCAUCGCCCUGAGGAGGACGUUUGUCAAUUGGUAUCAGAGGAACUAUCCAUAUGUCUGGUGCACGGCCAGACUGGUCAGAGAUGUCCUCGCCUGA